GUAGAAGUAAGAGGGACUUCGGAGUUAUGGUGCGAGGCAGGCUACGGAGGAAUACGGGCAACUCAUAACGUUAAAUAUAUAAUAUCCUUUAGGUAUACCGAUAUUGUGUUAUUCCGUGGACCGGUGGACCCGCUUGUGUGCGCCUGUCACGAAGUGCAUUCCAGAAGCUCUACACAAUCAUUCAUUUCCAUUUUAAGAAGAGAGAGACGGAGACCGAAAGAAUUCGCUGGUACUCCUAAAAAGUUGCAGUGAGGUGAGUGAAGAAGACAUGGUGGAUUAUUAUGACAUUCUGGGAGUGUCAAGAAAUGCCUCUCCGGAGGACAUCAAGAAGGCCUACAGGAAGCAGGCUCUGAGAUGGCACCCGGACAAGAACCCAGACAACAAGGAGGAGGCAGAGGGGAAGUUUAAGGAGCUGGCUGAGGCCUACGAAGUUCUGUCAGACCGAAGCAAGCGAGAGGUGUAUGAUACCUAUGGUGAAGACAGAAUGCCCAACAACGCAGGCUCCAGUAGACAUCCCGCUCCGGAAGAUUUCCCAGGGUUCACCUUCACAUUCCGCAGUCCAGAGGAAGUGUUUCGGGAAUUCUUCGGAGGCCAGGAUCCUUUCGCCAAUUUCUUCGAUGACUUUGCGUUCGGAAGAGGGAUGCAGAGUGGCUUCCAUGGACAUCCUGGUGCUUCCAGGCUCGGCCCCAGCCGAUUCUUCUCCUUCCCCUCGGCUGGAGUGCAUGACUUCACCUCUUUCUCGUCCUCCAUGGGAGGAAUGGAUGGGGUGAACAGCAUGGGAGGAGGGAUGGGGAAUUUCAAGUCUGUCUCCACUUCUACGCGCGUCAUCAAUGGCAAACGCACUACCACCAAGAAGAUCAAAGAAAACGGUCAGGAGAGAACAGAGAUCGAGGAAGACGGGGUCUUGAAGACAGUGCUCAUCAAUGGUGUGGAGGAUGAGUUGGCCUUGGCUCUGGAGCUCAGCAAGAGAGACCAGCUGCCCCCCAGCCAGCCCUCACACACACCCAGGCAACACCUCCAGAAGCAGGCAGAGAGGAUGGUACCAGUGGAGCUCCAGACCCAGACCCAUCCACACCGACCCAGCCCCGGCUCUGGCCAGCCCUCACACACACCCAGGCAACACCUCCAGAAGCAGGCAGAGGGGAUGGUACCAGUGGAGCUCCAGACCCAGACCCAUCCACACCGACCCAGCCCCGGCUCUGGCCAGCCCUCACACACACCCAGGCAACACCUCCAGAAGCAGGCAGAGAGGAUGGUACCAGUGGAGCUCCAGACCCAGACCCAUCCACACCGACCCAGCCCCGGCUCUGGCCAGCCCUCACACACACCCAGGCAACACCUCCAGAAGCAGGCAGAGGGGAUGGUACCAGUGGAGCUCCAGACCCAGACCCAUCCACACCGACCCAGCCCCGGCUCUGGCCAGCCCUCACACACACCCAGGCAACACCUCCAGAAGCAGGCAGAGGGGAUGGUACCAGUGGAGCUCCAGACCCAGACCCAUCCACACCGACCCAGCCCCGGCUCUGGCCAGCCCUCACACACACCCAGGCAACACCUCCAGAAGCAGGCAGAGGGGAUGGUACCAGUGGAGCUCCAGACCCAGACCCAUCCACACCGACCCAGCCCCGGCUCUGGCCCCCGGUCUAUGGCCCAGCGCUCCUUCAGCUCAGCCCCCUACUUCCACUGCCCUGACGUCCCCAGCGAGGAAGAGGAGGAGGAAGAUCUCCAGAUGGCCCUGGCCUACAGCCUGUCUGAGAUGGACUCCCAGCAGAGAGUGUCCGUCGCGGCUUCAGCAGCAGACGUCAUCUCAGACUCAGACUUCCAGGCCUUCACAGGCUGAUCUGAUUGGCCGUUGCCCAUCUGACCCCUGACCUCUGAGCCUGAGGUCAAAGGUCAAAUCUCCCAUGGUGCACCUUGUCUCUCAGCCCCGCCCCGCGACUUACUGUACCAGCUGAUCAACACUUUUCAAAGUUUUAUUUGAAAAAGAAAAUUAAACUGACAAAUACAAAUGUAUGUACUUCUAUGUGUGAGUGUGUAUACAGUAAUCCCUCGUU